GAGUUUAAUUAAUUUGUCAAAGUGUGGAAGGUGCGUAGUGCUUCGUAGAUAAUGAGGAAUGAUGGGGAGCAGAAUGGUAAUUGGCGAGGAGGUAACGGUGGCGGUAACGGAGGAGGAGGUAAUUGGAGUGGAGGUAAUGGAGGCGGCUUUGGAGGUGGCAGUAACGGUGGGGGCAACGGAGGCGGUGGUAAUUGGUAUGGCGGCCAUAACGGCGGCGGGGGGAAUUGGAAUGGGGGUAACGAUGGGCCACAUCAGCCGGGAGUGCAACGCCCCCCGGCAGAAUCAAGGUGGCGGGAAUUGGAACAACAAUGGCGGGGGAGCAAGUUGGAAUGGGAACAACGGUGGAGGAGGAUGGCAACCUAAUCCUAACGAAGGAGCCAGCAGCUCCUCUUCCGCGGGCGUACCGGCAAAUGUCAUCGGCAUUAGUAAGGACCUGGAGGAAUCCUUGAAAGUCGUGUGUCUGUUCUCAAAAAGACAGAUUGAGCUGGAGGAACGAUGUGAGACAGAGAAACGUGAAUCGGAGGAACGUAGGAAACGCUUGGAGGAUGAAAGGUUAGCGAGAGAGGAGAAGAAUCGUGUUGAACUUGAGAAGAAGACGAAGAAGGAGAAGAAGGAGGCUGAGAGGGAGUGGAAGUUGGAGAAAUUGUUGGCCAAGCAGAAGGCGACUAUGAAGGAAGAGUUCGAGAUAAUGUUUGAUAAAAAAUUACGCAAGGCAGUCGUGUCUGAGAAGGCUGUGAAAGGGAAGGCACCGAUGGGUGAGUCUAGUUCCGAGGAGGAGGAAGACCCGCAGGAGGAGCGCCUGGAGAAGCGCAAGAGGGAGGCGGGGGUGGUGUAUAGAGGAAGACCCGACGCGGUGGAUGAGCUGAUCGAGAUACGCGUGAUGUACUUCAGCAUUGAACCAGCUAUGCCAGUACAGCCACGGGCGGUCACGCCAAGACCACAAGUAGGUGGAAUCGUCAUUAGGGAAGUGCAUGAGGAACCUCGUGCACGGGAACAACCUGUUCCACGGACGGAACCAGGGAGCAGCGGCCAGCAGAUCGAUCGCCCACAGGAGUCAUCUAG